UGGACUUCCUAGCUCGCCUGCGAGAUCAUGGGAUGUGCCUAUUUAUGGGAGCCGUGCUUAUUAAUUCAACCCCGAGGCUAUUCCGAUUCAUCAGCGGAUACGUGGUUGGGUGGACCUGCUAUAUUCUACUACGCCGCGUCGCUGUGAGGUGUUUGCCGUUCGUCGAAGAGAGACUAAUAAAGACCUGGAUCAUUGAUGAGUGCUAUGCCACGGGAGACCCGGGUUAACUAGAGCCCAGGCGUUUAACUCAUCGGCUAGUGUUUCUGAAUGACAUCUCUAUGCAUUCUACUAGCUACACGGUCCAAAAUUUACUCCUGGAUCUGGCCAGCUCCGAUCCGUCUCUUGGUUAUAUUCAAGCUCUCCGUGAGGAAGCAGCACGGGUACUUAACGAAGCUGGUGGUUCGUGGACUAGGCAGUCGGUGCAGAAGCUCAAACUCAUCGACUCUACAAUCCGAGAGUCUAUGAGACUGAUUCCUUUCAACAGUGUUGGCUUGCUAAGAACGGUAAUGGACCCUUACGGGAUCGAAGUGCAGCAGGGAAACACAACCCUUAACAUCCCACGCGGGACAAUACUCACCAUCCCAGUCGAAGCAAUCCACCACGAUGAAGCUGUUUAUAAGAAUGCUGACGCUUUCUAUCCUUUCCGUUUCGCUCAACCAGGCGCCAUCCGUGACAUCAUCGAUGCUACUAACGAGACGACCUGUGAAGCCAGUGAGGUCGCUGGAAAGCCGGCGGAGGGGGGGAAACAGAAGACCAGCGCCACGAUUGACGAUGCUUUCCUCGGCUUCGGUUUUGGGAAGCAUGCGUGCCCCGGCCGAUUCUUUGCCCUGAAUGAGAUCAAGAUCUUCGUCGCGUACAUGGUGCUUCACUACGAUAUCCAGCACAUAACAACACCCAGACAAAAAAUGACACCUCUAAUCUGGCUAAACGUGCCACUUUUCAAGGAGUUAAAAGUGAAUAUUCGCAAGAGGGAGCCAGUCGAGUUGUUACAUACAUCUUUGUAAACAUUCUCGGGGAGAUGACAUCGAAAUACUUAUUUGGUUCCGUGGUACCUAUACGACGCGACGAGGAAAUUCCUAAUACUUUUUCGCUUCCCUUCCGUAUCGGAAAACAUAAAACAAUUGAUUUUUACGUGACUUUAUUCUAUUAAAAUAACAAGACUUUAAAACGCUGAUCUCGGAAGCUGAAUUAGACGGAGCCCCUUACAAUAUAAUAGAACGGUAUUACGAGC